CAUAGCAGUAUCAUCGGGGUUCUGUUGGCGUUGGGUUGUUAGGCGAGAGGGACGGAGGGCGUGUUUCCUCCCUCCAAUCUUCUCUUCUUUUCUCGUUCUCUUUCUCUUGUGCUGCGUGCCAAGCCAGACCCAUACAUACACCCACCCAGCCCACCAAUCACUGCCAGCAGCGACGGAGUGAGGGAAGCAAGCAAGGAAGGAAGGGACGCUCGGAUGGCGAUGGGAGCGGCUGUGCGGGAGGCGGCGGCGGACGGCGUCGUGACCUUCCUCUGGGUGCUCUGCGUCUCCACGCUCGGCGCCUCCACGGCCGCCGUCACCACCUACCUCAGCCUGCACGAGGGGAUCCACUACGCCCUCCUCGUCACCGUCUCCAUCCUCGCCCUCCUCCUCUUCGCCUUCAACCUCCUCUGCGACGCCCUCGGCGGCGCCAGCUUCAACCCCACCGGCGUCGCCGCCUUCUACGCCGCCGGCCUCACCAGCCCCUCGCUCUUCUCCAUCGCGCUCCGCCUACCAGCGCAGGCCGCCGGAGCCGUGGGCGGAGCUCUGGCCAUCUCCGAGCUGAUGCCGGAGCAGUACAAGCACAUGCUCGGCGGGCCCUCGCUCAAGGUGGAUCCCCACACCGGCGCCGUCGCCGAAGGUGUGCUCACCUUCGUCAUCACCUUUGCCGUCCUCUGCAUCAUCGUCAAGGGACCCCGCAACCCCAUCGUCAAGACAGCGAUGCUCUCCGUCACCACCGUCAGCCUCGUCCUCACCGGCGCCGCAUACACCGGCCCCUCCAUGAACCCUGCCAACGCCUUUGGUUGGGCGUAUGUUAACAAUCUGCACAACACCUGGGAGCAGCUGUACGUGUACUGGAUAUGCCCCUUCAUCGGUGCCAUUCUCGCUGCGUGGACCUUCAGGGCCGUGUUCCCGCCACCGGCCCCUAAGCCCAAGACCAAGAAAGCAUGAUGAACUCAAGCACAAACUUUGACUUAGCAAUUUGGGGACCUGAAGAAGCGAACAUGGUUUGCUAGGGAAUAAUUUGAAAUUGUAUUUAAUCACCUCAAUGUUACACCGAUGUUUAACUUAAAAGUGAUCAUUUAUCAGUCAUCUAUGUUUA